GAAGUGGAGGGAGAGGGCGGCGGCGGCCGAAAAGCGUGGUUGUUGUUUUCAGGUUAAGUUGUUCCUAGUUUAAUCUGUUUCUGGAAGGGAAAUGAGUGGUGGCAACCCUUCAGCGUUGACCUACAGGGUGCUGGGAUGCUGCUCCACGUCCAAAGCCCGAGUGGGGGUCAUGAAGCUGCCCCAUCACGACGUCGACACGCCGGUGUUCAUGCCCGUGGGCACCAAGGGAACGAUUAAAGGGAUCCUUCCUCAACAGUUGGAGGAGCUAAACUGUCAGAUAAUUCUUGGCAACACUUAUCAUUUGGGUACAAAACCUGGUAUCGACACUUUGAAGAAAGCUGGCGGUCUACACAAAUUUAUGAACUGGCCUCGUGCUCUUCUUACUGAUUCUGGAGGAUUUCAAAUGGUCUCACUUCUGGAGUUAGCCGAGAUUACGGAGGAAGGAGUAAAGUUUAAAUCACCAUAUGAUGGAUCUGAAUGCAUGCUCACCCCAGAACAUUCAACUGAAAUCCAGAAUGCUAUCGGAGCUGACAUUAUGAUGCAACUGGAUGACGUUGUCCACUCAACCACGACAGGACCCAGAGUAGAGGAAGCCAUGGAAAGAACAACAAGGUGGCUAGAUCGUUGUCUGGAGGCUCACUCGCGGGAUCAUGACCAAACUAUAUUUCCUAUUGUUCAAGGUGGGCUUAAUCCAACACUUCGUGAGCAAAGUGCCCAUAAGCAAAUUCAGCGUGAUACUAGGGGUUUUGCCAUCGGAGGCCUAAGUGGAGGAGAAAGUAAAGAUGACUUUUGGAGAAUGGUUCAUUUAUCUACUGAUAUUCUUCCCAAGAACAAACCACGCUAUUGUAUGGGCGUGGGUUUUGCAGAAGACUUAGUUGUGUGCUGUGCCUUAGGAGUGGAUAUGUAUGACUGUGUUUUUCCAACACGAACAGCACGCUUUGGAUGUGCACUCGUUGAUGAAGGACAACUCAACCUAAAAUUAGUCACUUAUAAAAAUGAUUUUAGGCCAAUUGACUCAGAGUGCAACUGUUCGACUUGCAAACGGUAUACUCGUGCAUAUCUGCAUUCAAUUGUAACAUCAGAAACAGUGGCUUGCCAUCUUGUCUCAGUCCAUAACAUAGCAUAUCAGAUGCGUUUAAUGCUAAGAAUACGCACUAGCAUCAUGGAGGAUAAAUACCCCAGUUUUGUGAAAAGUUUUAUGAAGACCAGAUACAAUGAUGGCUGUUACCCCUCCUGGGUUGUGGAUGCCCUCAAUGCAGUUGGCAUAGCCCUUGAUUAAGUACUUUAAUAAUAAUGUUCCUAUCAGGUGGAAGAAAGUGGUGCUCAUCAUUCUUUUUAUGUAUAUAUAUAUAUAUUUUUUUUUUAAUUUUAAGUUUUUACCAAAAACAGUCACAUUGCAAAACAAACAUCACUUAACAUGAAUAAACUUAUACAGUAACGAAA